AUGGUUAUUAAUCCUACUUAUCUUGCGCAGCGGACGCGCCAGUCUGUUAACUGGACUGAUGCGAAAUCAAGAGUGUUGAAGAGCUAUAGAGAAUGGAUCCGCGCUGCUCCGGAAAUCCAAACAAUGUACUCUCUCGGCAUGCCAGUUUCACAAUUGAGGACGAAGAUGCGGUCGGAGUUUGAGAGGCACAGAUACGUGAACCAUAUUGGAACGGUGGACAAGCUAUUGUAUGAGAGCCAUGCAGAAUUCCAGGAGACUUUGAACUACUGGAAGCAACUUCCUCACAUCUUGAAGUAUUUCAGAGCAGAAGAAGACCCAACUGCAAGAUUACCACAGAACUUCAUGACAGGUUUCUUAGAGGGACGCAAUUAGAAGUUGGUAUCUUUAUUUUGUCGCUUUGUACAUAUCCCAAUGAACCUCAAUUGAACUCCAUGAGAUCCUUCCCUUUUAU